AUGAAGUUCUCAGCCAUCACCUUACUCUCAAUUAUCACAGCAGCACUUGCUGCGCCGACGCCAGUCGUGCGAGGACCCGGUGGACGACUUGUACUCGAGGGAGCUGGCUGUACCUUAGUACAAGGCAGAAGCGUGUGCGACGACGGAUUCGGAAACACAUUCUUUGAGGACGACCCAUUCUCGUCAUAA